CGGUUGUUGUUUACAUCUGUUUGUAGUUUUAUCGCCAGAUGUGCUUUAUGCUUGUUGCCACUUGGCUAAAGGAUAACGGGGAAGCGGCUCGAUGUUUUACGUGCCGAGGUUGGUUUAAUGUUAUACGCUGCUGCAGUUGUGCGAAAACUACGAAGAAGAACUGGCACGCGAGGUGUUUCUGUCUAAUUUCGGCGUCAUUUUCAAUGGAUACAGCGACGUAUCUAAAUCAGAGCAGACAGAAAGCUGAGAUACAUGCCGCUUAUGUUCCAUAUUAGCUAGUUAGUGAUGUGACGGGAGAAAUGCGGCAAUGAAAAGCCGUUUUUGUCCUCUCGCGUGCUUCUGUUUCGGUUUUCUUUCGUCACACGCUCCUCCUGGAUUUGACACCACUGUCACCUGAUUACAGGGAAGCUAACACUGUGAUGGAAGCGAGGAUCUUUUUGUCCUCCCUGCCGGGCGCGCGACAUAUAACUCACCGAACGGACGCACGUGAUGAUUAGUAUAUUUAAAUAAAGUAUCGUGAAGAAAAAAAACAGGAACUGAUAGCUGCUCUGGUUACUCAGCCGUGUAAAAGCUCUCCCACAGUGGAACAAGUUGCUCUGUCUGUGCCGGUAGUUUGUGUAACUUAUCUAACCCCGGUCGAUAGCUGAUGAGGGCGCGUGCUGAAAUUUUCCUCUGAAGUGUUAAGUCUCACGCGAGCCGUCAUGUCGGACACAGAGAGGACUCUCCCGGUCCUCAGGAGGCUCAGCUAUGCGGUGGGACACUUUCUCAACGACCUGUGUGCGUCCAUGUGGUUCACAUACCUACUGGUGUUCUACCACUCAGUGCUGGGAUUCCAAAACACAUAUGCAGGUGUGUUGCUGCUGGUUGGGCAAAUAGCUGAUGGCAUCUGUACGCCUCUCAUUGGCUAUGAGUCUGACCGAACCCCUGGCUGUGGCAACUACGGCAAGAGGAAGACAUGGCAUUUAGUUGGUACUCUGAGCGUGGUGCUGUCCUUUGCCUUCAUCUUCAACCAGUGCCUGGGCUGUGAUGCCCUCACCCCUCAGUGGGCCAGUUUGAUCUACUUCGUCCCGUUCAUCAUCGUCUUUCAGUUCGGCUGGGCCGCCACUCAGAUCUCCCACCUCUCCCUCAUCCCAGAGCUAGUGUCCUGCGAGCACGCUAAAGUAGAGCUUACUGCAUACAGGUACGCCUUCACAGUGAUCGCCAACAUCACAGUGUACGCAGUGGCUUAUCUGCUGUUCCACACCCAGGCCGGAGGGGGCGACGACCCGCUCAGUGAUGCGCUUGGACCAGUAGACAUCCCUGUCUUCAGGAAUCUGGCGUUGAUUGUUUUGGGCAUCGGAGCUCUCUUCUCCAUCCUCUUCCACCUGGGAAUCACAGAGAGGAAGCCUGGAGCAGGAGGGGAGGCCGGAGGAGAGGAGGGGAGGGGUAGAGAGAAGGUGGAGGAGGAAGAGGAAGAGGAGGAGGGGGAGCGGAGGCCUUUGCUCCCUCGCUCCAAGACCUCCUUGUCUCCUCUGCAGUGGAAAUGUUGGCUGCAGCAGCCUUCAUUUUACCAGGUGGCUGCACUGUACAUGUCGACCAGACUGAUGGUCAAUCUGUCUCAGACUUACAUCUCAAUGUACCUCAUCAACACUCUGGGGCUGCCCAAGAAGUUCAUUGCAACAAUCCCUUUAGUGAUGUACCUGAGUGGCUUCCUGUCCUCCUUCAUCAUGAAGCCUCUCAGUAAACUCAUUGGAAAAUGUCUCACCUACUUCGUUGGCCUGCUGCUGAUCAUGGCCUUCUCCUACUGGGUACUGCUGGAUGAUAAGAUGGGUCAGCAGGUGUACGGGGCCGCUGUCCUGCUGGGGGCGGGGUCAGCCACCAUCCUGGUUAUAUCACUUUCCAUGACUGCAGAGCUCAUCGGAGAUCAGACGCAAAGUGGAGCGUUUGUGUACGGAGCCAUGAGUUUUACUGAUAAGGUGGCCAAUGGAGUGGCUGUGAUGAUCAUUCAGUCUAUGCAUCCUUGCCAUACGGUGGUGUGCUGUCCCGCCUGUGUGUGGUUCUAUCAUUACAUCAUGGUCAUAGUGACGGGAGGCGUGGCAGUCGCGGCUGCUCUGACGCUCUGCUCCAUCCUCAUCUGGCCAAUCAAGAUCAGACCACGUGGUCUGUCAGCUGAAUCCGAAAUUGCCGCAAGAGUCAACUAAUUGUCCCUCCCCCACCUUCCCGACAACUCGACACUGCUGCGGUAAAACAGGAAACACAGACUGGAGCGCUCUCAGCUGGACAGGAAGAGCUUUCACUUUUCUUUCUUUUUAAGAUGCAUCUCAAAGUCUUUGGGGAAAAGCAGCGGCAGGGGGAAUUCUUGAGUGGCUGCUCGACUGAUGCACUUUACGUGGCACAUUUAGCACUUCAGAUGAAAUAACAGGAGUGAGCAGGAAAACCAGAGGAAGUGAGAAGGGAGAUUUUUUUUGUUUUAUGCCUUUCUGACAGUUUUAGCCAUUUAGAUCAACUUUUCCCAUCAUUUUCCAAAAACAUCUUUCCAUUGAAGCGUGGUAAUUACACAAAUCAGGUUAAUAUAGGCUCAUUUCACUGUAGUUAUUCAACAGACAGAGGGGAUCCUGACUUAAGGGUUUUAUUAACCCUUUAAAACCUGGAGGGACAUCACUUUUCUUGUGCUGCUUUCAGAUGCCUUUCACGAAUAUUCAAACCUUUGAACUCUAAACAAAUAGGUGUGAUUUCUCUCAAAAAACGUGGGUAAUAGGGCAAUGAGCUACUUGGUAAA